AUGCGCAACAUCACGUGAUCGCGGUGCUGAUGUGAGAAUGAAAGACAUAUAUAUUUAGCACGAAACUUUUACGUAAUUCAUAAUAGCAGACUGAUUGCAGAUUAAUUAGACUGUAAAGGAAACUUAUUUUAUUAUUGCCCUAUGAGCUUGGUUUGAUAAUGGUUUCUCUAUUUCAAUUGUCUUUACACGUUCAAAAUCUGAAUGUUAAAAGCAGUUGUACAUACUUGUAUAUAUUUGUGUGAAUGUCGCAGAGAAAUUGAAAAAUUAUUGUCUAAUCACUUAAUUACGCAAUGCAGUUAGAUAACACAUUGUCAGUUUAUAAGGAGUUGUUCACUAGUAAAAUUAGUAGAUUUAUUAAUUUAUUUAUCGCAUUUGUUGUGAAAACUAUACAUUCACGUUAAUUACGACCUCUAUUGAUUUACUGAACAUUUUUUAUGGAUACAAUAUGAACAGUAUGAACACAUGCCACUUAUCGAGAUGAGAUUUUAGUUGUGAAAGUAAAAGAAGGUUUACAAAAUUGUGUGCAUACAAGCACUAAUUCAACUCACUAAAUUAUUUCUCUUUCUCUCUCUCCCUCUGAAGAAAAGAAUAUAUUUUAUUCGAUCUGUCAAAAUAAUAAGGAUAAAUAAUAUAAAAUAAGGAACUCUGAAAUGCAAUAAAUAAAAACUAUUAUGAAAAUGGCAUAUUCCACCAAAGAUAAUAUUCUAAAAGAAGCUGUUAUCCAAAUAUGUGCUGGAGGAUCAGCAGGUUUUAUUGAGGUUUGCAUGAUGCAUCCAAUGGAUCUUGUUAAAACACGUUUUCAGCUUCAAGUAAAGACAGCAAAGAUGGAUCCAUUGUAUUAUACAGGAAUUUGUGAUUGUAUGAUCAAAAUGUAUAAGACUGAAGGACUAUCAGCAUUUUGGAAGGGAAUUUUACCCCCGAUAAUUGUAGAAACUCCUAAACGUGCAGUUAAAUUCUUUACAUUUGAGCAAUAUCAACAAUUUUUCUUAUUUGGUGCCAAUGCACCUACUCCAUUGACAUUUUCGUGUGCUGGUUUCCUUGCUGGUGUUACAGAAGCUAUAUUAGUUAAUCCUUUUGAGGUGAUCAAAGUAAAACUACAAUCUAAUCGAAAGCAUAUCAAAGAAAGUCCAUCAACUUUUGCAGUGACAAAAGAAAUAGUUUCAAAAUAUGGUUUUGGUUUAAAUGGUCUGAACAAAGGGCUUUCAGCCACCAUAAUGAGAAAUGCAGUGUUUAAUUCAUUUUAUUUUAGUUUUUAUCAUUCUGUUAAAGGAUAUGUACCAGUUAAAAAAGAAUCUCCUUGGUUGGAAUUUUUGACUAAAAUUAUUAUAGGAUUUGUAUCAGGCACUAUUGCUUCUUGCCUAAAUAUACCAUUUGAUGUUGCCAAGAGUCGCAUUCAGGGAUCACAAAAUGACAUACAGUAUAAAGGAACAUUGAAUACCAUGUACAUUAUUUACAAGAGAGAAGGUUUCAUAGCCUUAUACAAAGGCUUAGUACCAAAAGUAUUAAGAUUAGGUCCAGGUGGUGCCAUUAUGCUUGUAGUGUAUGAGUACAUGCAUGCAUUUCUUACCAAAAAAUUCAAAGAUUAAUUUUUAUAUAUUAUAAAAAGUUAUGAGGCUAAGGAGGUAAUAAGUCAUUUUUUAAGAAGAUGCAUUUAAUAUA